AUGUGUCACACCAGCUGCUCUUCAGGCUGCCAGCCAUCAUCCUGCUGUGUGUCCAGCCCCUGCCAGCCAGCCUGCUGUGUGUCCAGCCCCUGCCAGCCAGCCUGCUGUGUGUCCAGCCCCUGCCAGGCAUCCUGCUGCAGGCCUGCUAUAUGCAUUCCUGUGAGGUACCAGGUGGCCUGCUGUGUGCCUGUGAGCUGCAGGCCCACUGUGUGCGUGGCUCCCUCCUGCCAGUCCUCUGUGUGUGUGCCCGUGAGCUGCCGGCCUGUCUGUGUGAGCUCCUCCUGCCAGUCAUCCGGGUGCUGCCAGCCCUCCUGCCCCACCCUGGUCUGCAGACCUGUCACCUGCAGCAAUCCCUCCUGCUGCUGA